AUGGAGCGUUGCCUAGAGUUCUGCGCCGUAGGUCGCGUUAGGCUGGUUCCGACCUCCCUCUCGGCUGCGCAGUGUUUGAACGGCCGUUGUGGGCGCGCCGUGAGAGUGCGCCCGUUUUGUCGUUGCGCCGCGGUCCGCGCACCCGUCGUUUUGAAUCGCCCCGUUGCACUGUUCCCCUCGGCGCCGCGUGACGUUCCGUGUCGCGGCGCGCGUGGGGGGGGGGGCCCGUUGGCAUGUUUUUUGCGGUUGGCAGCUCCGUUGCGGUUCCUCGGCCGCCGUUCCGCUGCCUGGCGGUUGGUCGCCCGCGCCGUUUCCGUCAGGUUGCGGUCCCGGUUACUCCUUCUGCCCCACACGUCGGGGUUCGUUUUUCUGCUGUCCCGCCUCUGUUCGCUCCCCGGCACGCGUUCGUUUUGCCCGCCACGCGUCCGUUUGCGUAAGAACGGUUCCCGGCGGCACGUUCCCAGCUCGUUGCUCACGAGGCCCCCUAGCGCCGUUAAUGUGGUUGCCCAGCUGGCUCCCGGGUCCCCGCGCGUCGUGCCCCCACCUACGAUUGGGCCUCAUGAACCAGCCGUCUCGCGUCUGUUACGCCUUCCGCGGCUGGAGCCGCCCCCUGUCGGUGCGUUGCGCGCUCUCGCGGGUGACACGUUUUCGGAGUUCGGGAUGGGGCCUGGGCCCGCCGUCGCCCGUUUGCCCUUGAGUUGCUCACGUCGGCCUGUCGACGAGUUCGGGCCGGUUGAGCGGCGCGUCGCGGUAUCGCCGUGCCGGCGUUGCGUCUACCGCCGGCCGCGCUGGAUGCGCCACCCUCGGGAGUCGAUUUGCGAUAGUUUUUUGCUGCCGGCGUUCGUUGAACCCCUCGUAGCGGGCUCGAAGACCCGUUCGCCGUCGUUCCGCGUCUCUUUCAAGGACGUCCUCUCCGUUUCGUUAUGCCGCGGCGUUGUGCGCGUUGCAGUUGCCGGCCUCUCAGACCCGAUGGUCCACAGGCCCGUCGCGCCUGGCUCGUCGUUGGCGUUGAAGCUCCGUUUAUCCCGGUCGGUCUCGUUGGCUCGCGCCCGCCCCCCUAUAUGCGUCGUUCCACACCUCGUUGUGGCCGUUUCUCCACCUCUUAGCGGUUUUUGCCCGUCCGGGGCUCCUCUGUGGGGGGCUCGGCUCCAGCACUUCUGUCGGGCGUCUCGGCGUUCCGUCCUUUCGGCUCGGGGGUUGAAUCCCGCCUCCCCCUUCGCGCGCGGCGGCUCGAGGCCGCUGUGCGGCGGUUUCCCGGCUCGCUCCGUCGGUUCAGUCCGCGGUCGGCCGGGCCCCUCCUUUAGGGUCGGUCGCGGUGAACCGACUUUCCUCCCAGCGGACCGCACUCGGUCUCGGGCGGCCGUUGAAGCCGUGACGUUUCCGUUUCGCUGA